AUGCGGUUAAUAAGAGCAGGACAGGAAGAAGCCCUUCACCUAAGGACUACAAAAACAAAUGCUCUGGCUGGUGACAAACCAAACUCAUUUCCACAGAAUCAGACCACAGACAUGUCUCUGUCUGACUCAGUCGAGCUGCCAAUGUCACACCUCAGUGUGUUUGGUGAAUCCAUUUCGGUGACGGAGGCAGAUUCAGCCACUUUACACACCGGUGUUACUGAAAUACAGGACAAUGACGACAUAGUGUGGAAACUUGGAGCUGAUAACUCUGUGAUAGCUGAAAUCAGCAGAGACAAACAAACCGAUAACAUAUACAGAGACAGACUGAAGCUGGAUGAUCAGACUGGAUCCCUGACCAUCACAAACACCACAACUGAAGAUGCUGGAGAUUAUAAACUAGAGAUAAAUGGAGUGAAACUGACCAUAAUAAUAUUUAGGGUUUCUGUCUAUGCUCGUCUGCCUGUUCCAGUCCUCAUUUUCAACUCUUCUCAAUGUUCUUCCUCCUCAUCUUCAUCAGUGCAGUAUUGUUCAGUGCUGUGUUCAGUGGUGAAUGUGAGCGCUGUGAGUCUCUCCUGGUAUAAAGGAAACAGUGUAUUGUCCAGCAUCAAUGUGUCUGAUCUCAGCAUCAGUCUCUCUCUACCUCUGGAGGUGGAAUAUCAGGAUAAAAACACCUACAGCUGUGUGAUCAACAACACCAUCAGCAACCAGACCACAUAUCUGGACAUCAACACACUCAGUCAGUUGUAUGAAGAGUCUGUCCUCUGCUGUGGUCCUACUGAAGCUGUGACCCGAUUGGUCGUCUCUGCUCUGGUGGGCGUGGCUAUGGUGGCUUUUCUGGUUUAUGACAUCAGAUCCACCAGAGGAGACAAACAACAGACAUCAGAAAUGUUGUGAGAUCCAGGGUGUUUAAGUGGUUCUUGGUUGCCAAAACUUAAAUUUUUAUAAGCGUAUCGAUGA